AUGUCGUCCGACGAAGCAUCUGCAGAAGCAUUGGUUCAAGAAGAAAUCAAGCAGAUUACGUUGAGAAUCAAGCUUCCAGCUUGUAUUUCCAAUGAAGAAGACUUAGAAGUUCCAUCAUUGUUGAACGAAACGUUAGCUGAUAUAAGGGAAACGUUAAAUCUUUCGGCUGCUACUCAGAAUUUGACUAAUUUUAAUGUUUUCUACCAAGACGUGAAUCUCAGUGAAAAUUUUGAUGAUUUGGUUCCAUUGAAGGACAUUUUGAGCGAAUUGGGUGUUGGCGAAAUCGAUAAGUUAAACUUGGUAUUGAAGGAAAAACCAUACAACUUGGCUGCUAUCUAUGACCACUUGAACAAGUUUAGAGAGGUUAUUGGUUUGCACUUCAUUGACAAGUACAGUUCUGAGUUUGGUGUUUUGAGUGGUGUUUCGAAGUUCGGUGACCUUGACUUGCACGAAGUUAAAGAAACCGAACCGGAAACCCAAGACAAUAAGAGCAAAGAAACUGAUGAAGUCAAGAACACAAGCGAUGAUGCUGAAAAUUCCGAGGAGAAGAAACCAGAAAUCGUGUUUACGGCUGAAGAAAAACAGCAAAUAAGCAAAAUCACAGAUGAAUUGAUUUCUGGAAACACUCCAAGUUUGGUUGAAUUCGGGACUUUUAACAACGUUACUGGGAAUAUCAAGACUCCAGUUAAGUCUUUGACUAUUUCACAGUGGUCUCCUGUACCGUCAUAUCAGAAAUUAAAGGGUGACUUGUUAUAUAUUACGUUACAAACCUUAGAAAAUGAGACUUUCAAUAUUACAUGUCAUCUUUCUGGGUUUUUGUUAACAAAUCCUCUACUAUUAACUUCAACCCUUCAAUUAAAAUGA